AUGGUUUACUUCAACUUACCAAUCGCUGAUUCGAUUGCACCCUAUCGAAAUGUUCGUCGUGUUCAAUCCGAAAUUUUAUCUCCGGAUGAAAUUCGACGAAUAUUAGUCAUAAAGCCACCGAUUGAACAUCCUGAUUUGAUGGUAGGUGGAAAACCAAAAGAACGUGGAUUGAUAGAUCCACGACAAGGACCAGCUGAUCGCAGUUCGAAAUGUCAGACAUGUGCCGGUUCAUACAGUGAUUGUCCGGGAUAUUUUGGACAUUUAUAA